UGUCGCUCGGUGCGCACUUCUCCCCGUUCUCCUUGUCUUCCUCCUCACUCCGCGCGGCCACAACCACACACCGCGUGCGCUCACGCCUGAGACGUUACUCUACGACGCCGCCAAAUCCUCGCGCGCGCGCACGCUCGAACUAGCUAAUGAAUCGGCACGACUCUUCCCGAACGAGCCAACGGAGCUCGAAACCGUAGGCCGCUCAAACCGCCGGCCGAGAGAGCGCGCGGCGCGAUCCACUGUACCACGGCGGCACGCAGAGAGAUCGGUCGCUUUCCAUUUUCCGUCCGGCGCACGGCGGAGAACAAGAAGGCCUAUUUCUACCUCUUCCUCGACGCCGCGAAUCUUGACUCAUCGUACCGCGACAGCGCCUACCCAGAUAAACUUCUAGCGCCGACGGUUUUGUUCUGCCGAGCCAGCAUUCGCACGAAGGAGGAUCGCGCACAGCAGGGCCGCACUCAUGCUGAACCUGUACCCGAGGCUGGCGACGGGCGGCGCGCUGGCGGUGGACGACGACGAGCCGCACAUCUGCUACGCCAUCAUGGCGGCGCUCGUGUCGCUGCUGCUCUUCUGCGUGCUCCUCGCCGUCGUCAGCCCCGCCAGGGCCUGCGCCAUCACCAGCCUCCUCGUCCUCCUGUUCGGCCUCGUCGCCUUGCUCGCGCCGGCGCGCGGCACCGUCCCGGCGCACAGGAACGCUAGCGGCCUCGGCCAGCGGCUGCCCGCGCCAACGGUGCGGCUGGUGCGCCGGUGCACGUGCGGGCUGACGGACGCCGCGAUCGGCGCCCUGCCGACAUUCGCGUACGAGGGCCCAGCGGCCAGCAAGGGCGGCGGCGACGAGCCGCGCGGGAGCUGCCAGCUGCUGUGCGCGGUGUGCCUGGAGGACGUGCAGGGCGGCGAGAUGGUGCGGCAGCUGCCGCCGUGCAGGCACCUGUUCCACGUGGACUGCAUCGACAUGUGGCUGCACACCCACCGGACGUGCCCGCUCUGCCGCUGCGAGCUCUCGCCGCGGAAGGUCGCCGCGAAAGCCGUUGCCGCGGCCGCCACGGGCUCAUCGGCCCAGGCGUUGCCACCGGUGUGAAACCGAUUCAUACGACUGCUGCUGUUGCUGUAGCGACAUUCCUUACUUCCUUUCUGGGAAUUCGAAUUACCCACACGGCAACUAAGCCAAUGUAGUAGAGAAAGAAGAGUUCGAUUUAGGGAGGGAUUAUUACCAUUCUUCACGCCAGAUGCUUAGUACUGUUGGCGUACGUGCAGUUCAAUUGGUGUAUUCAGUGAGACAAGAAUAAAACGAUCUGGCAGAGAUUCCAUUA